ACCAUAAACCUUUCUCCUCUCUAUCACUGAUCAUCUCAUUCAUUGACACUUGCAAAUCCUCAUUCACUGACACUUGAAAAUCACACUUCAUACUCUUCUCAACCUCAAACUCAACAGAUUUUUCAUUCCGAAAUCUCUUCCAUAUAAACUUGCUUCAAGGGGAAAGGAAGCAUUCUCUAUGGAUAUCGUUUCUUCUAUCAUAUGUCUUCUAUUUUUUUCUACUCUUUUCUCAUAUUAUUUAUCAAAAAAACAGAACAAAAAAUAUAAAGGAAGACUCAAAUUGCCACCAGGCUCCAUGGGUUGGCCUUACCUUGGAGAGACUCUCCAGUUAUACUCCAAAGACCCAAAUAUUUUCUUUUCUAAUAAGCAAAAAAGAUAUGGAGAAAUAUUCAAAACACAUAUUCUCGGGUGUCCUUGUGUUAUGCUGGCAAGUUCGGAAGCGGCUCGAUUUGUGCUGGUGACUCAUGCUCACUUGUUCAAGCCCACAUAUCCGAAGAGUAAAGAGAAAAUGAUCGGGCCCUCCGCCCUGUUUUUCCACCAAGGAGACUACCAUAACCACCUCCGGAAGCUAGUUCAGAGUUCAUUAUCCCUCGAGCUUCUGCGGAAACUACUUCCUGGUAUUGAAGCCAUAGCCAUCUCAACCUUGGAGUCAUGGACCUCUGGACAAGUGAUUAACACUUUCCAAGGAUUGAAAAAGUUCGCUUUUGAAGUGGGCAUUUUAGCUAUUUUUGGCCACUUGGAGAAAAAACAGAGGGAAGAACUGAAGGAAAACUACUGCAUAAUAGAUAAAGGCUAUAAUUCUUUCCCUACAAAUAUUCCAGGAACUGCAUAUCACAAAGCUCUGCAGGCAAGAAAAAGGCUUAAGAAGAUCCUUAGUGAGAUACUCUCUGAGAGAAAGGAGAAAAAAUUAUUGGAAAAGGACCUUUUGGGGCAUUUGCUCAAUUUCAUAGACGAAAAAGGGCAAACUUUAACAGAGGAUGAAAUUUCUGAUAAUAUUAUUGGAGUUCUUUUUGCUGCUCAAGAUACGACUGCAAGCACUAUAACAUGGAUUCUCAAAUACCUUAAUGACGACCAGAAACUUCUUGAAGCCGUUAAGGCAGAACAAAAAGCAAUCUAUAUGGAAAAUGAUGAAGGAAAGAGGCCAUUGACAUGGGCUCAAACUAGAAAUAUGCCAUUCACAUAUAAGGUCAUUUUGGAGAGCUUGAGGAUGUCCAGCAUAGUGUCUUUCACCUUUAGGGAAGCUGUGGUUGAUAUGGAAUAUAAUGGUUAUCUUAUUCCCAAAGGUUGGAAGGUGAUGCCACUAUUUAGGAAUAUUCAUCACAAUCCAGAAUAUUUCAAUGAACCUCAAAAUUUCGAUUCACACAGAUUUGAGGUUGCCCCAAAACCCAAUACUUACAUGCCAUUUGGAAAUGGGGCCCAUUCUUGUCCUGGAAAUGAACUUGCCAAGCUGGAGAUGAUGAUUUUUAUCCAUCGACUGGUGACGAAGUUAAGGUACGAUAAUUACUACUAAUUUACCAAAAUCAUAAUAAAUAAAAUAAAAUAAUCUAUCCGGUAAAAUAACUAUUCCUGCACCAUGCCCUGAGCGAAAUAUUUCUCCAACUAAUGAUCGCUUUCAAACUUACUACUUAAAAGAUGUGUAAAUUUGUUAUUGUACGUGAAGAAGUUCAUAACGUCUUCAUAAUCUUGAUCAAUAGAGUAAAAUCGUCACAACAUAUUUUGUUGAUCUCGACUAGAAAGUCUAAGAACUAUAUCUAGAUCAAUCUACUUCAGUGAAGCCUCCAUUAGACAGUUGAUGUAUAAUAUUUAAAUCAUAAUUGAAACAAUUUUUAAGUCAAAUUUGAUUUUUUUCUUGUUUAACCCAUCAAGUUGGGUCAGUGUACGCACCAAUAUUUUAAAACUUUAGAACAUAAGCAUGGGUAAUCAUGUUACUAUAAGUAUCGAUAACAUGACAUAUCAAUUUAUUGGUGGAUAAAUUUACGAUA